AUCCUCUGCAGUAUUGCCCCCGAUGGGCUGGCCACGUCCUGUCGUCGUCCUCCAAGUUCGCGUCCGACAGUCCCAUCGUCAUCACCGCUACCACUUGUGCGCCCCGUGACAGUCAUGCUCGGUCAGUUCUUUAGCACCCGCGGCAAGGCGCCUGGUGGUGCCCCCCUCACCCCCUCUUCUUCUUCUUCAUCGUCGAUGCCUACGGCACCCUCCACGGCGACACUCGAUUCUGCCACCGAAGACUCGCACACCCGACAUCUACUCUACCCCGAGUCGAGCACCCUCUACCACCCCGAUGGCCAACCCUAUCCCCUCCACCAGGCCGCCCUUUCGCUAGGCUCUGCCCAUGAUGGCCCCCAACCCGAGAUCGACCUCGAGUUCCCCCGCGACUGCCGUAUCAUCAUAGCCCAGGACGAGACGGCUUCGAUGCCCAAGGCCGUCCUGUUCGACUCCAAACCCGGCCCUCCUCGCACAGAGUCGCCCACUCAACCCAAUGCCCGCGCCCGACCCUUCGGCGCCCCCGCCGCCGCUUCCACUGCUGGUCCUUCUUUCGGGGGCUUGCAUGCCCGCCGGUCGUCACUCGCCACCGAAUCCACGCCGAGAUCCCCCACCGUGGCCAACUUUAUGCGCACACGUACGCGCGGCAACUCCAUAUCCUCCAUGCCCAACAUCGACGAGCACUCACAGAUCCAGGCCAAGGCGCAGGCGCAGGCCAAGGCACGAGACUCGUCUGAUCUGGUCAACACGUGCCUGGAUUGCAUGUUUGGGAACACGCCCAUGAAUUACAGAGGAGAUUCGCACAAGAUCCACAUUGUUCCGCUAGACCCAAAAUCCACCGAUGCCGCAGCUUUCCCGCCUAAUAUUCAGGAUGCAACCAGCUCGUUAGGAAGGUCGGAAGGACUCCGUAGAAGAAGUCACCUUGUUCAAUCCUUCACACCAGCCAACGUUCCCACCGAGCAACCCACCUCGCAGAGCACAGCGGCCACCCCCAAGGAACCGCGACGGCGAACCAUGCUCAUCACCCGCAUGUUCUCCGUUACUGUCCCCGAAGACGACCAAGACACUUCCAAUGUACGAACGCCCACCCCGCAAAGUUCGAUGGGCAAGGGCAACGGUUUCCCCUUCCCUCGGCAACAAAACACGAAGAGUGGGGGUCCCAAGAUGCUUCAGCCGUUACGCAAGAGUCCCAUGUAUGCCAUCACCGUCAUUCUGCACUUGCCCAUCUCCACACCUUCUUCCAUGCUUCGUCCUUCUUCGCGGCCAGGAAAACACAAGACCAGCCAUCUGUCGACCUCUGCCCCUGGCCAGGACUCGCUGGGGUCCUCUCUAGACUCCGAUCGCCGCGCUGGUUGGCAAUUUGUGGAUUCGAAUCUCGGCGUGGAUGCUUACAUAUCGGCUGCGCUGAAUAGUGAUGUAGAUGAUUGUGUGGAUGUGGUCGGUCAGCAUUGGGAUGUCAUUAUGCGGUCCCUUACUAGCCUUCAGUUUCUUGUCCAGGAACGAAUCUUGGCGCAAUACAAGAUGGUAGAAACGUCGUCACCUUUGACUCCCCAGCAUCUACGAGCACAGCCGUCACGCAUGAGUUUAAAAGAGGGUGCACCUGCACCUAUGCGCCGCGCCCUAAGGUUGCAACACCAUGCUCUCAUGUUCGACAAAGAAGUCCAGAAAGCGGUGGAUCUGGCGGGAAAUCGAGUAGUCAGUGGCAUGAGAAUACCUCGCGUCACGACGGGCCAGGGCAAGUGGGGUGUAUGGCGCGAGGAAGCGAGAUGGCUUGGGCGGUGGGCAGGGCGACGUGAAGAGAACUUCUUCUUCUUCAAUCUGCUCACGGCUUUCCUCGGGAAUCAUACGGAAUGGCUCAAUCUCCUUGGUCCCCGAUGGCAUCGAAAGCGUCAUCGGGAACAGCAGCGAUCGAACACCGGCGGUAAUCUGGUCAUUGCUAACCGCACUGUCAUCGUCUCACCAGAUAAAAUGGCAGCGCGCCGACUGAUUUUCCUGCUCGCCGCCUUCCUCCCAGCCAACACCUCGUCUCUUGACGGUGCUUCUCCUAUGAGACCCAGCACUUCAGCUUCAUUGCGCGGACACUCGCAGUCACCACCCACCAAUAUUCCUCCUUCGAGAAAGCAAUCUCUACGCCGUCAAAUAAAUCGGCGGCCCCGGGGCAAACAGAGCAUCACGAACAUGCGACUUCAGCCUCCGACUGCAAAUGCAAUCAAUUUACAAUCUCUGGAAUAUCUCAAUGGGCGGUCCGACUCUGGAGUCGCUGAAUUCCAGGAAGGUCCCACGCAUUCUCGUCGCUCGUCUGCACACUCGAUUCGCACCAGUCUAGUCAUUCCAUCCAUGUCGGAUGUUAAAACUAUGACGAAGAACAGCAUUGCUGCUACAUCAACCACAUCGCCCCAGAAAGCCGUUCCAGUUGCGCACUUCACUGUGCCCCGGAACAGAUCAAUUGGACCGUCCCCCGAGAGUCGGCCAGAAAGCAAUGACAGUCUGGCUUCUGCGAACCUGAUGAACACUUUGAAUCGUAGUGGAACGGCUGGCACCGUUAGCAACUCCAGUACGGAUUCCUCAAACACAAGUCGUUGGAGUGGUUUUAUGAAUUUUUUCAACGGUCGCCGCGGGUCCUCCGCUGAUCACAGCGAUUACCUCCAGAGUACAGACGAUGGAUUGGGGGUCGCUUGCCCCCCUUACCGCGGGUCGGAACGGCCCCGUUCGCAGUUGGAGCAAAUGGUCCAGGAGCUUUCCAUGGAUGGUGUGUUUGGUGAUGCAGACCUUUUUGAACCAGCUAGCAACACAAACACGAUAAGUGAAAACUCACCAGAGACCUACCCUAUAGGCUCUAGUGGCGUCACUCCUUCUGCCGCUCGACCGAUUCCUGAGCGACCAAAGACUUUCGAUUCGGUUUUGAAGUUGUCGGUCAAUGAGAAAGAUGGUGUCAUCGAUGUGGACAUACCACUCCCUGAAUUCGGUUCACCCCUCCAGUCGCCCAUGUUGGGAGGAUAUGCCUCAGCAUCUAGCCAGCACGGUUCCAGCUACGGCGAAUCGUCCAUGCUCUCUAUGCCAUACUGCGAACCCGAACGACCAGUCAAUGCGGCUGGGUGGCUGAGGGAAUUUCAUGCCGAUUUUGUAGUCCAAGCUAUCAAACCUUAUGCUGAAUUGGAACGAGACGUUAAAUGGGCUAUGCGCGCCGAGCCAACACCCAUCACUUCUGCGACUACUCCAAGCCUGGAACAGGGCCCUCUUGAGCGUUGGGUGGAUGUUUGCUCCGCUAUCAUUGCUGACACCAGAACGUUCAGCAUCAAACGCUUGAGUCUGCGGCGGCUGGUCAGGCUAACCCCAACCGCGACAUAUCAAGCUUCUGUGGUGACUCCCGGCAUUACUGGAGUUCCUCCAGGCCGUUCACAAUAUGGCAAUCCCUACACCGCUGCAUCCACGAUUCCCAUGAUGUCGGAAGUUCAUCUCAAGGAGGAAUUUUACGAAGAGCAGAUUAUGGACUUUGACGCCACGCUGAUUGAUGCUGUUGAUCGUUUGCUAAUGCAAUCUGGACAUGGUACCCGCAUUCCGUCUGCCAGCUCUUCUCGGUCUAGCUCUCGACGAGGAAGGCGAGAUACUAGAUCUGGUUCGGAUGCUGGCCAUCACACUGAAGUUCCUCCCACUGACUGCAAGGCUGUCAUAUUCGAUGCACUUGAGGUUGUGGUUAAAAAAGUCACAGCGGAGCGAAACUCCAGGGAUGAUGGAUCUAACAUGAACACUGGUGGGGAGAGGAAGCUGGCACAGGAAGCGGUGGCCAAGACUGCCACUGACUCUUCGCUCAAGGAGGGCAUACGGCGCUGGCUCGCAGAAGUUGAAUGA